AGUUACAGCGAGGUCUUGAUUUCUACUGUAUCUCAUCAAAAUGCCGCCAUCCCAACUUAAGAGGUUAAAAGCCUCUCUUCGAGAGCAAGGAAUUGUUGGUCCUCAACAGUCAAAGAAACAAAAGAAACAGAAUGCACAGAAUGGCGCAAACAAGGAGAAGAAGAUCAAGAGAAGCGUCGCGCUCAGCGGGAUUCGUGAUCAGUUCAACCCAUUCGAGAUCAAACAGGCCAAAGCACCGAAAUUUGAAGUUACGAGCAAUAAAACACUUAGCGGAAGGAUCUCGAAAGGUAUCAAGAAACCGGGUGUUGCGAGGGGUCUUGCUGAAGAGAAUGUAAGUUCGUCUGGCGUCAAGUGUGACGACUGCUAAUAUUUUUUCAGCGCCGUAAAACUCUGCUUGUUGAGAUGCAGAGCAGAAAUCGAGUGGGAGGUAUAAUAGAUAAGCGUUUCGGAGAAAAUGACCCUUCAAUGGCUCCUGAAGAUAAGAUGCUCGAACGUUUCACACAAGAGAAGCAGAGAGGCCACAAGAAUAGCUCUGCGUUUGACCUUGAGGAUGACGAAGUAUCUGGCGAGCUUACACACAUGGGACAAUCACUUUCUCUGGAUGGUCCUACAAUCCGGGAUGAUUUUGACGAUGAGGGCUUAGAACUGUCGGAUGCUGACGACCAUGAGUCGGACGAGGAGCGACAAGCACGAAAACGCCGCCGAGGCUCAAAUUCUGAAGGUUCAGACGAAGAUGAGGAAGGAAAUUCUCUGCCUGAACGGAAGAAGUCGAAGCAAGAGGUUAUGAAAGAACUUAUCGCUAAAUCUAAAAUGCACAAAUAUGAGCGUCAAGCAGCCAAGGACGACGAUGAGGAUCUGCGAGAAGAAUUGGACAAGGAAAUGUCGGGCAUUCAUGAACUUCUUCGCGGCAUGGCUGCUAAACCACCACCUCCACCUCCACCGCCUGCGCCACCUGCGGAUAUUCCUGGUAUGAAUCCAGAGCGGAUAGCACUGAUGAACGGGGGCGAUCGAGCAAAGUUGGAAAAGGAAUACGAUAUUCGAAUGAGGCAGAUGGCGCAAGACAAACGAUCUCAACCUACGGAAAGAUCGAAAACAGAGGACGAGAAGAUGGAGCAGGAAUCAAGAAGAUUGAAAGAAUUGGAGGCGAAGAGAUUGCGUCGUAUGGAAGGUGUGACUGAAGAUAGCGAUGAUGAAGAAGAUAAUAAACCACGAAGAGCAGGCGAUGAGGAGGAAGAAGAAGAGGAGGAAGAGGAAGAUUACGGCUUAGGCGGUGGUAUCAAAACCAGACCUAGUGCUGCGGAACUAGGUGCCGACGAUGAGGAUGAUUUCAUCAUAGAUGAUGAUCUCGUAGCGAGUGGCUCAGACAUCGAUGAAUCGGAGGGCGAAUCUGAUGAAGAGGAUGCGGAAUCUGAUAACGAAGACGACGAGUUUCUCGAAGGCCUGCUUACUGAAGAGGAGGCAAAGAGACCAGAGUUCUUGACCGGUGCAAAUGCUCCUCUUCCUGAGGUUGAGAUGCCUACCAAAAAUGGUGUUAAUGGUGACCUUGCUUAUACCUUUGCAUGCCCACAAUCACACGAAGAGCUUCUACAGAUUACCAAGGGUAUCGCUUUGUUAGACCUACCAACCGUUGUACAGCGUAUCAGAGCUUUGUAUCAUCCUAAACUCAACUCAGAAAACAAGGGAAAGCUAGGAAACUUCUCUGUUUCUCUCAUUUCUCAUAUCUCUUACCUCGCAAACCAAGCCCAGCAACCCCCUUUCUCCGUUCUAGAGAACAUUAUCCGACACAUUCAUUCGCUCGCCAAAACGUUCCCUCUUGAGAUUGCUAAUGCUUUUAGACGACAUCUCGACGAAAUCAAUCAAUCGCGAGCCCUAUCUCUAAAGGCUGGUGAUCUCGUUAUCCUGACGGCCAUUGGAACAAUAUUCCCAACCUCAGAUCAUUUCCAUCAAGUAGUGACCCCUGCAAUCCUUACUAUGGGACGAUACCUGGGCCAAAAGAUUCCUCAAACUUUGUCUGAUUACACAAUGGGAGCAUAUCUCUGCAGUCUAUGCUUACAAUAUCAAAGAUUGUCGAAGAGAUACGUCCCAGAAGUGGUAGGCUUUAUUGAGAAUACUUUAUGUGCUCUUGCGCCUAGCAAGCUGGCAAAAAUUCCAGGUUGCUUCCCAUAUCAUGAGCCAAAGAGCUCAGUUAGGAUUGAGAAGGCCACGGAAUCAGACAGGCAGAUCGCCUUUUAUGAUUGUGUUGCACUGGAAUCAUCAGCAGAUGACGAAGAGUCGUUAAAGGCUGCUUUGCUGGAGGCAAACAUCAAAAUCUUAAACGCAAGUGCCGAUUUGUGGACAGAUAAAUCAGCUUUCACCGAAAUCUUUGAACCAGUCUUGACCAUCCUAAAACAUCUGGGAAGCAAAUCUUGCCGGUCGAAGCUCUCAGAAAGUAGUCAAGUAAGCCAACCAAAAACUAAAACUUCAUACAGGUGCUAACAAACUCCCUAGACCCUCAUCCGCAAAUCCACAUCCAAAUUCCAAACCAUGCUAAAGCUAGCGCAUCUCGCUCGUCGCCCUCUCGAAUUACAUCACCACAAACCCCUCGCCAUCAAAACCUCCAUCCCCAAAUUCGAAGACUCGUAUAAUCCAGAUAAACACUACGAUCCCGAUCGUGAACGUGCCGAAACUGCUAAGUUGAAGGCGGAGCAUAAGAAGGAGAGGAAGGGCGCCAUGCGUGAAUUGCGCAAGGAUAGCAAUUUCAUCGCGAGAGAGAGCUUGAGGCAGAAGAAGGAGAAGGAUGCUGCGCAUGAGAAGAAGAUGAAGAGACUUAUUGCGGAGAUUCAAGGUGAGGAGGGAAAGGAGGCGAAGGCUUAUGAGCGUGAGAAGGAAUGGAGGAAGAAGGGGAGGAAAUAGAUACAUGUUCAAAAGGCUUGAUCUAAGUGCCGGUGCCAUAUGCGGAAGCGUAAGCACGUAAUUCUUGCACUGAUGGUGUACAUUUAGGAUUUAUAGGUUAAUUACAAAGCCACGCAUAAAUGAUAGAGAUGCCGA